ACUUGCAUAAUAAGGAAGAGAAGUUAAUGUAUUUAGUCGCAGAGUAGUCUGUAGUUAAAGUCAAAUCCGCGUAUCAAAACAAUUCCGCCUUCCAUUCCACCAUGUGAAUCGAACUGCUUUGUUUUUGACUGAAAUAAUUGCUCUUGCACAAGUCAAUGAAGAAUUAAGGAUAAAACUGGAAGAGAAAAUGAACCACGAGAAUCCAACCUCUCUUCUGAGAUCAGUUAAAACAACAGCUUGUUGGAAGUAAAGCUCGCUUCCGGCUUAACCAAGAUGGCUGACCCUGUUAUCUCUUUUGUAAUUGAGAGAACUGGCGAUCUUCUGAUUCAAAAAAUUGUUUUCCUGAAAGAUGUUCGACAACAAGUUGAAAGACUCCAAAAUGAUCUGGUCCGGAUGCGGUGUUUCCUGAAAGAUGCUGAUCAGAGGCAAGAUGAAGAUGAGAGGAUCCGCAACUGGGUUUCUGAAAUCAGAGCUGCGGCCUACGAUGCGGAGGAUGUCAUUGAGAUCUUCGCCAGCAAAGUUGAGUUCUUCACAAAGGACCAGGGACUCAUCACCAAAUUGACGUAUUAUCCCUUGAAAAUUGUGAGCCUCUACGAGAUAGGCAAAGAGAUCGAAUCCUUACGGAUGAGGCUCAAGGAGAUUGCUGAUAGCCGCGUAGAGUACGGUAUCAAAAAUCUUGGAGAGGGGAUGACUACACAUGGAGAAGAGCUUCAACGGCUCCGACGAUCCUCUCCAAUUAGUGAGGACAAGGAUAUUGUGGGCUUCGAGAAGAUGGCAAAAUCCCUGGUGGCAGAACUCUUGAAAGAGGACAAAAGCCGCCGUGUGGUUUCAAUCGUCGGCAUGGGAGGUGCUGGUAAGACAACUCUAGCCAAAAAGGUUUAUAACUAUGCUGAUAUCAGGGCAAGAUUCAAUUGCCGUGCUUGGGUCUGCGUCUCUUCAAGCUACGACCACAAAGAGAUGCUGAGAACAAUCAUAAAGCAACUGAAUCCGAUAACUAAAGAGCUGCUUGAAUUGUUGGAAAAGAUGCAGGAGCAGGACUUGGAAGAAAGGCUGUAUAAAGAUCUACAAGACAAAUGUUAUCUUGUGGUGCUUGAUGAUGUAUGGGAGGUAGCAGCGUGGGAUUGUCUUGCCAGGAGGGCCUUUCCUGAUGUUGGCACAUCAAGUAGAGUGCUACUUACAAGUCGCAAACGGGAUGUCGCCCAACACGCUGAUGCUUAUAGACACCCGUAUGAGUUGAAAACUUUGGGGCAGGAAGACAGCUGGCAGUUGUUCCUCAGAAAGGCAUUAGGCCAUGGAGCUAAUGCUGGGUGUCCUCCGGAUUUGGAAGAAGUAGGCAGAGAGAUUGCAAGGAGAUGUGGCGGUCUACCACUGGCCAUAACGGUUAUAGGUGGCCUGCUACUAGGCAAGAAUAAGUCGAAUACUGAAUGGGAGAACGUUCUCAACAACUUUGGCGCAUACCUAUCAAGGAGCCAGAGUGAAGCAGGGAAAAUUAGUGAAGCAGGGGCAAUUCUGGAAUUAAGUUAUGCAGACCUCCCUGCCAAUCUGAAAUUUUGCUUUUUGUAUUUGGGUUUGUUUCCGGAAGACUCCGUGAUUUCUGUGCACAAGUUGAUCCAUAUGUGGGUUGCUGAGGGAAUAAUGCAGAAAAGAGAUGCAAAAAAUUUGGAGGAAACUGCAGCAUAUGAAGAUGUGGAGCGACUUUGUAGCAGAAAUAUGGUCCAGGUGGCGGAAAUGACGGUUGAUAAGAGGAUUAAAAGCUGCAGAGUCCAUGAUUUACUGCGAGAGCUUGCAAUCAGAAAGGCAGAGGAUGAAAAUUUUUUUCAAAUCCAUGGCACCAGAGAUGAUAAAAUAUCAGCCAAAUCCAGAAAGCUCAGGAUACUAGACCUCGACGAUGCUUGGAUGUACUCUAAUUUGCCAAAAGAAAUUGGUGAGGUCAGGCUUCUAAGGUACCUCAAUUUAAGAGGCACAUACAUUACAAGGCUCCCUCGUUCCGUCGGUUGCUUGCGAUACCUACAAACUCUUGACAUACGGGCAACGAAAUACACCAGUUGCAGAGUGAAAGUUUCAAAUUUCAUUUGGAAGCUUGAAAGUUUACGGCAUCUAUAUGCGGAUGAGAUGGAAUGUGAUGUGCCUCUUAAGAUUGAAGGAUUGAGGAAUCUCCAGACUCUGUCAGGCAUACGCUUUGAGGACGUUAUGCACAAUGACAUGAUAACUCUGACAAGUCUUCAGAAACUGGGGAUUGUAGUGAAUGACAGGUCAGAAAUAUACAAACUCUGCAUGCAUUUAUCUGAGGUUGGAAGCCUAAAGACGUUACGUCUUUGUCGGUAUUCGGGAACGCCAGAAUCUCAAGGUGGACUUUCUAAGCUCCGUCAUGUAACAGAGCUUAAGCUAUCCAAUUGGACAAUGCUGCCUCCUGAUUUCCCUCCAAAUCUCUCUCGCUUGUCUUUGAAAAACAUAUUUCUCGAGGAUGACCCAAUGCCAGUACUGGAGAAGUUGGGACAGCUAUCGUUCCUCAAAAUCAAAGUUGCAUUUGUGGGACCACAGCAUAUGGUCAUUUCUAGGCAUGGGUUUCACCAAUUGAAAUUCCUUGAGCUCAACCACCUAGUUGUUUUGUAUGAAAUAAAGGUGGAGGAAGGUGCACUGCCACAGCUCCAGUGCCUGAGAAUCAGGGAUUGCGACAGAUUAUGGGAGUUGCCGGAAGAGCUGAAGCACAUAUCUACUCUUGAUACGCUUGAGCUUGUGGACAUGCCAGAAGAUUUCAUCAGUGGGCUUGAUGCGGACCUGGUAUCCAGUGUCCCUAACCUCAGAAUAUUUGACUCGCCGAAGGAAAGAAUGUAAUAAUUAUUUCAAUUUUCAAGUUUUUGUAUUUCGCGCAUAGAAUGGAAGGUAUGUCGUGUAGUGAUUAAUGAAAUUAUUUCAAGUUUUUAUCAAAAUACAUAAAUAAAAAGAAUGUUUCCGUAUUUGUUUUCCCCAA